AUGACCGCCUCCUUUGCUUAUCCACGCCCUGACUUCCAACGUAAGGCUCUGAGUUGGACGUCGCUGAACGGAUCCUGGGAUUUUAUCUUCGACGAUACCGACGUGGGGCUGUCUGAGUUGUGGCAGAGAACAGGCAUUCCCGUUCACACAGGUGGGCAUGACAAACGCGCCGUCCAAGUACCAUACGCGUUUCAGACACCGGCGUCCGGCAUCGGUAUCCAUGAAGCCCACGAGGUGAUCUGGUACGAGCGCACUAUCUGUGACAUCCGGCCCAAGCAUGAGAUCGCCCAAGGCUAUCGCGUGUUGCUCCGCUUCGGUGCUGUGGACUACGAGUGUUCAGUCUGGGCAGACGGUCGAUGGAUCGGUGGUCACCGUGGCGGCCAUGUGCCUUUCGAUCUGGAUGUCACCGACGCCUUUCUGUCCGAUACAACAGAGGGGACGGUUCGGCUCACCCUACGCGUACGGGACUCGCCAUAUGAUCUCAGCCAACCUCGUGGGAAGCAGUAUUGGGGUCCUGUGUCGGCGGAUAUCUUCUACUCUCCCACGAGCGGCAUCUGGCUGUCGGUCUGGCUGGAGAGUGUGCCUGUUAUGCGCCUUGGUAGCUCCAGUGAGGGGACGAUCCUGCGGUCAAACGACAUCGAGAGUGGUCAGCUGCAUGCCCGCGUCGCUGUCCUAGGUCGACACAGGGGUGGAAGAUGCGCCGUCGAGAUUGAGGCUAGCCUCGAAGGCAUUCCAGUGGGCAAGACCAGAAGAGACCUACCGAAAGACAAGGAUUUUGUUGGCUUGGAGUUAGGUCUGCACGUACCCAACGCGGCUGAGCUGCAGAAAACGGCUCCGUUCAAUAUUGAUGGCAGCUGGCUCAACGGUGUCGCCUUGUGGCAUCCAGAGCAUCCCAUCCUAUACGAUGUGACUCUACGCCUGUACGAUGCUAUUGGGACCUUGGUGGACGAAGUCCAGACCGCGACAGGAAUGAGAAGUCUAUCUUGGCAGACCGGCGACGGAACUUUUCGAUUGAACGGCAAGCCGUACUUCCAGGCUCUGGUUCUUGACCAGGGUUAUUGGAAGGAGACAGGUAUGACGCCACCAUCUCCCGACGCGCUGAAAGCCGACAUAGAGAUGUCAAAAAAGAUGGGCUUCAACGGAUGCCGCAAGCACCAAAAGGUCGAAGACCCCAUCUUCCUCUACUGGGCGGACAGACUGGGAUACCUCGUCUGGGCGGAGAUGGCCAAUGCCUACGAAUUCGCCGAGGAAUACGUCGAGAGAUUCAACGCCGAGUGGAUGGAAGCUGUCAAGCGCGACAUCAAUCACGCAUGCAUCGUCACUUGGACACCGGUCAACGAGAGCUGGGGCUAUCCCUCGCUGAAGAAUAGCAUCGAGCAACGCGAUCAUAUACGUUCGCUGUACUAUAUGACGAAAGCUCUCGAUCCAACUCGGCCCAUCAAUGACAACUGCGGUUGGGAGCACGUCCAGACCGAUCUGACCACGUACCACGACUACGCAGAUUCCCCAGAGCUGUCUUUGUCAUGUUCCAGAAUGGAGGGUGGCAUCCUCGACAAGAAGUCCAAUCGCGAAAUGUUCACACAACCUAUCUAUGCCGGCUCCAUCCUUCUAGAUGCAGGAGCACAGCAUCAAGCCGGCGCUCCAGUCAUCUGUACGGAGUUCGGCGGCGUCAACAUUGCUGCUGCGCAAAAUGAAACUGCCGGCGAAAAGGAUUGGGGCUAUACCACUGCUGCCGACUCCCGGGAUCUGCUGCGUCGGCUCGAAAAGCUGGUCAUGGCGGUUGUCAAAGGAGGUCAUUCAUGUGGCUUUGUGUACACUCAAUUGUGGGUGCCCUUUGCUCCUCUUCCUUUUUUGUCCCUCGGCACCAUCGUGGCUGCCACCAUGGUCUUGCCCCUAACGCUGAAGCAGAUGUGA